UCUGCCCUGUGUCCAACCGGAGGAGAGCCUCACUGGAAAAACAGCACAUAGAUGCUGCAAUCAGCACAGCUGAGGCUUUUGGCAUUUUGUUUUUGUUGUGUCUAUAUAUUCAAUACUGUCUGCACCAAGGAUCCCGCUAAUGUGCUUAACCUCAUUUUGUGUAGCUGCCUCGAGGAGCCGUUCCUGCGGCAUGUGGAGGUGGACGUGCUCAUCCCCAAACUGAUGCGGGAGAAGGCCAAGGAGCGCUGUGUGGAAACGGUGGAAGCUUUCACCCACUGCUGUAAGGAAAGCGGGUUCCUGAUGGUGUUGAAAUGCCGGGAGCAGAACGCCGCGAUGAAGGAGUGCCUAACUGCUCAUUACAGAGAUCCAGCAUUUUUCGAAGAGUGCAAGCAGCAGUACAUCAAAGAGAAGCUGGAGUAUCAGAAGACAGGGAUUCCUGCGAAGAACAGGACGGCGAAAGUGCCCACGAGCAUGUAGGCCCGUGUCCGUCUGGGGAGGGAGCUCGUCUGCACUUUCGCCUUUUGUGUGUAAAAUGGAGAAAUUUAAGAAACAAAGCUUUGCCCUUUUGACUUUUGUGAUCAUUUCCAGCUCCUGUGAGGCAACAGGUAUAUAGCAUAUCUAUGCUCAGUGCAGACCCUUGUUUUAUUUCAUGUUUGGUACAGAAAUAGCUGGUCUCAUGCCUCUGUGAACAGAGCACUCACAGAUAUAGAAGCUGAAGCCAGUACACCUGAUUGUUUGCAUUCCAAAAGGAGAUUUUCUACAUUUAUAGAGCAGCCUACUUCCUUCCUGCUCCAACAUGACUGUACAUGGAGCACAUUCUGGAUGUGGUGCGUUUUCAGCAUAGAGUGGUUCCACUAAAACAGGAAACCUAGUCAGGCCGCUUGUUGUCUUCGUGCUCUACGCAUAUUGGAAGGUUUUUUGUUUCUCUUUCUUUAAUCUCCCAGCUUCUUCAAGUAAUGACAGCAGGAAAUGGGGGGGCAUGUGGGGACAGGUGUUGGGGGGGCGGGGGCGGGUGGGGGGGCGUCAUGUGGGGGUGUGUGGCUACGGGGACAGUACAGUGUGGGAGCGAAUGUCUUCCUCACGAGGUCCUCCAGCCUUGAACCUCACGCGUGUGCGUUCUGCACUUUUAAACAAUGAAAUGGAAAUGAAUUCCAUGGCGGGUGACGUGAUUGCGGGGGUGCCCCUGUGCGUCGGGGUGGAGGGAGUGUCAACUUUGACUCUGCCGGCGUUAAAAGCCUUAUUUAUAGCAGCACUUCCUGCGAGCUCACCUUUUAUCAUUCUGUACGCUAAUGAAAAGGCAACAAAUGUGUUUCUGCGGCAGAGUCUGCCGCGCUCGUGCCCAGAGGAGCGCCGCACAGACUCACAUCAGUCAGGAUAAUUCCCUCCCGCCUUUCCGGCAUGAUUGGUUGUGUAAAAAUGAGUGGUUUUCCCCCAGAUAAUUGUGCAUUGUUGAAGUGUUGAUAGGAUGAGCAAAAAUGAAUAAAAUGCUCAAAAAUGGUAUCGUGUGUUUGCUAUGUGUAUUUGCACUGAAACUAAAGUAAAAUUACCAUUAAAUUAUUAAAAUAACUUGGAGCACUGCUUCGGAGCACUUGUGUAUCAAUCAAAUAAUGCAAUAAACACUGAAAGGAUGUUG